AAGCGGACCCUCGGCUGAGUAUUUCUGUGGCAUAACAUGUGAUGAAAUGUGUCUCACAUUUGACUCGUAUUUUGCAUUCAAUUGACAUUUAAUUGAAGUUUUCGUUCAAAACAUUCAUUCAAUUAAUCGUUGCUUUCAUUUCAAGUCUUCGCCAAAACAAAACACACCUUCAGAUCGGAUCCAAAGACACCGCAAAACACGUCAACAACAAUGAGUGGUAAGCCAUUAGACGGCACUAAUCGUGGCGUCAGUUGCGAGGAAGAGAUCGAAGAGCGUCUUCGACGGCUCAAAGAGGACACCACCGCCGCUGACGACGACAGCCAACGACCGAUCACUGACCAGAAGGCCAUCGAAGAGCGUUUGGCGCGUCUGAAGGGAAUGGAUCCGCGGCUCUACUCAAUGCCACCCAUAACUGUGUUUCAGCCGACGAGACAUAAGACGGACACACAGAAGGCCGACGACCUCUUGAAACAGUUUGUCGACGAGCUUAAGAUUGACGACUCGUUCACUACUAGACGGCCGCCGUUUGUCGACACCCGACGCCUGUCCACCGAUGAGGACAUUGAGCGCCGUUUGGCGCGUCUUAAGGGCGAAAACAGUGACUCCGCGGCCGCCGCCGGCCCUAAGCUGUUGUCCGCUGUUAUGGAUAUCGACACCGAUUUGGACGACGACGAGAUCGAGAAGCGUCUGUUUGACCGCCUGUUGGCUGAGAGCAAACUGCCGGCUAUACCGACCCUACCGUUGGACCCACAGGUGCUCGAAGUGGACGAAGAGAAUGUGGACAUGGGAUCCGAUUGUCUUCCCUGGUGUCAGAUAUGCAACGAAGACGCUGUCAUCAAAUGCAUCGACUGUAUGGGAGAUCUGUAUUGCAAACAAUGCUUUCUUGAGUUUCACGACGACUCUGACCUCAAGAAGCACAGGACAGAGCCGUUUAGAGCGCCCGCCGGUCAGUACGCCCUCUGAUGUUCAUUAUUAUCACUCAUAUAAUCGGCGCAUCUUUUGUAACAUUUGUUUUAAUAAAUACUUUUAAUGAAUACUAAAAAUAUAUAUAAACUUUAUUUAUAAAUUAUAAU